UGCUGGUUAUAUAGCAAGCCAGACCAGCAUAAACUCCCAAGUUGCAAAUAUGUCAAAAAAGCAACUUGAUGAGGCUCAAGUGCGGAUUCCCGCAGCCAUUGUCGGCUCUUUUCUAAGCUGUGUAGCUAGUAAGCUGAGUUGAUUGUGUAUAAAGAAUGUCAUUUGCUAACAUGUUGCUUCUCAUCACUGCAGUGACUCCAUUUGACGUAGUGAAAACCCGUGUUCAGACUCAAACCUCAACCUUGCAAUUCAAAAACAUCGGACAGUUUACCUCUAGAAUUGUCCGGCAAGAAGGAUUUGGUUCAUUAUUUCGAGGCUUGAGUGCUGCCCUAUGUCUUGUCGUACCUUCGGCAACUAUACAGCUUACUAGUUAUGAAUGGCUAAAAGCAAAGGUUUUACCGAAAGAUAAAGCCUGGGCACCGUCUGCUGCUGGAGCUUUAGCUCGGGCAUGUGCGACACUUCUUGUUGCCCCAUUUGAAUUGGCCCGGACACGUUUGCAAAGUUCGCAUCAUGCGAACCAGACACGUAUGCAGGCGUUCCGAAACGUGUCACGAGGAAUUGUCACCGGCGUAUCUGAGAAUGGAAUUCUUUCUGCUUGGAGAGGCGUUGGUUUAACAUUGGUUAUGAAUAUUCCGUUCAGCAGUAUCUAUUGGUACAGUUAUGAGAAACUUCGGAAGACCUACGACCAAAAGUUUCAUUCCAAUGGAAACUUUAUGGAAAGCUUCAUUUGUGGAGGUCUCGCGGGAACUUUUGCAAGUAUUGUGACUCAUCCUGUAGAUGUUGUGAAAACGCAUCGACAAAUUCAAGGUGACUUAGGUUAUUCGCAACCGUUACAAAGAGUAAGUGUCAUUAUUCGAACAUUGAAUAAGCAAGGUCUCCGAGUAUACUUCAGAGGAGCAAUUCCUCGAUGUAUAAAGAUUACUCCAUACUGUGCUAUUAUGAUCGGAACAUAUGAAGCUAUGAAAGGACUACUUAGAAAGAAAAAUUAGAUAGAAUUAUUAGACUUUUUUGACAAAGCUUGUAAAACUAUAGAUAUACGGAGGAAGGUAC